AGCAGCAACAACUUCCGCCCGUAAGCGGGAGACGCGCCUGCGCCCUGUGUCCGCAGCCUGCGAAGUUCUGUAGCAUCUAGUUCCAGCAGCAGCAGCAGCAGAUGUAGCGCUGGUGUGCGUGUGUGGAGCCCUGAGGUGAGAUGUCGGAGUAAGGACAGAGACUGCCCCCAAGUUCUAUACUGGGACCACCACAGCAGCCGCCGCCAUGAAGAUUGCAGUGGAAGGCUGCUGUCACGGAGAGCUGGAUAUGAUCUAUGAGACCAUCCAGUUCUUGGAGAAGAAAGAGAACACAAAGGUGGAUCUCCUACUCUGCUGCGGAGACUUCCAGGCUGUGAGGAACGAGGGGGAUAUGAAUUGCAUGGCCGUGCCGCCAAAGUACCGCCAGAUGCAGACCUUUUAUAAAUAUUAUUCUGGAGAAAAGAAGGCUCCAAUUUUAACCAUAUUCAUUGGAGGCAAUCACGAGGCAUCAAAUUACCUCCAGGAACUGCCCUAUGGUGGCUGGGUUGCUCCAAAUAUUUACUACCUGGGAUAUGCCAGUGUUGUGAAAUAUCGUGGAGUGAGAAUCGGAGGAAUUUCGGGCAUUUUUAAAGGGCAUGAUUAUAGAAAAGGUCACUUUGAAUGCCCUCCCUACACCACAGAUACAAUGAGAAGUGCCUAUCACGUGAGGAAUAUAGAGGUCUUUAAACUGAAACAGCUAAAGGAACCCAUGGAUGUGUUUAUGUCACACGACUGGCCUCGCAGCAUUUAUCACUAUGGCAAUACGAUGCAGCUACUGAAAAAGAAGCAGUUCUUCAGGCUAGAGGUAGAGAAUAGCACUCUGGGCAGCCCAGCAGCCGCCGAGCUCCUGAAUCAUCUGCAGCCGUCCUACUGGUUCUCUGCCCACCUGCAUGUCAAGUUUGCUGCUUUCAUGCAACACCAGAAUGACGUAGAAGGACAGUUACCUAAAGCAACCAAGUUCUUGGCUCUUGAUAAAUGUCUGCCACGCCGGGAUUUCCUCCAGGUUGUGGAGGUGGAGCAUGAUCCGAGUAAGCCCGACUGCGUAGAGUAUGACCUAGAGUGGUUGUGCGUUCUGAAGGCCACCAGAAAACUUCUAAAUGUGACUCGGCAGACGUGGAAUAUGCCUGAGAACAAUGGUCUCCAUAGCAGAUGGGACUACAGCGCCACUGAACAAGUCCGGCAAGAAGUCCUGAAUGACCUUGAUAACGACCUCAAAAUUCCGGUCAACUUCAGCAUGAGUGUGCCAUGUUACAACCCAAAUAAUCCUCAGAAAAAGAUGGUGGCUUCCCAUGCUGUUAAUCCCCAGACCACAGAGUUUUGUGCCCGUUUUGGACUUAUCGAUAUAAAUGCCAGAAUCCUCCAGCAGGAUGAUGAGGGUGGAGAGUUAGAGGCCACGGAAGAUCAUGAUGAAGACAGCAGUGGUUCAUUGGAAGAUCCUAGUGAAUACAGCACGGACACGUCUAUCCUCUCUUCUUCAAUUAACCCUGAUGAAAUCACUCUGGAAGAUGAUGAUGACGAAGAAGAUCUCCCUGUACAGUCUGUGAAUCCCUCUCCAGAAAAUACCACUGAUUUGCCGACAAGCGUCUCUAACGUUCGUGUUCUACCUGAAUCCAUGGCGCUUUCUUCAGAUGAUGCUAUGGAUUCAACCAACGAUGAGUUAGAACGAUCGGAAAGCAGUCAGACUGAAGGAGAAGGUAAGAACUCUGAGAGACCAUUGAAGAGGCUGAGUGAUGAGAAUGGCCGGGGCGGUGUGAGGAUAAAAAGGCGGAACCAGGCCAUCUACACAGCCAAUGACGAGGAUAAUGAGUAGCUGCCCUGACUCUCUGGCUUGUGGACUAUUCCAACGGCUUUAAGUAACGAACAACUUUCCUGUCGGAAAAAUCGCAGCUUGUGCGGGUGUUUGCGUUAGAAGCGUUGUUCUGAAAUCAUUAUUUUACUGUUAAUAUUUUAAUACUAUUUUGUUCUGUUAGAAUGGAAAUAUGUUUGUUUUGUGUUCCUUUUAAAAGCUUUAUAUUUUUGAGUUAAAUGUGCCCAUGUUAUUUCAUUUCUAAAUAUACAGACCUGUAAAAUUGUAACUUUCCAGUAUAUAAAAGAUGCUUUUUUUAAAUUUUUUUUUAAAUACAUUUAUGGAACUCUUAUUUUACUGUGUUAAGCAGAACGUUUAUGGGCAUAGAAUUCAUUUAAAUAAAUCAGGACUGUUUUUAACAAA